AUGCCACGGAUAAAGACCAAGCGAACAAAAGCCGCCCCCGAAGGGUUCGAGCAGAUCAAGCCGACCUUGACAGACUUUGACCACCGCUUGCGGAAAUUGCAGGAUAAUGGUGCCUCCAGAAUGGCAGCAAAGGCUAAUGAGGGGUCUUGGAAGGUCUUCCAGCUCACAAACGAGCGUUCGCGGUACAUAUACGAUCUGUAUUUCAAACGCAAGGCGAUCUCCAAGGAGCUUUACGACUGGCUGCUGCGCGAGAGAUACGCCGACAAGAUGCUGAUAUCCAAGUGGAAGAAACGUGGGUACGAAAAGCUGUGCUGUUUGAAGUGCAUUCAAAGCUCAGAGUCUGCGACACAGGGCAAUACCUGUAUUUGCCGGGUACCGAGAGCCACUCUCGUGAAGAAUAGCUCAGACGGCGUCGUUACGUUUACAAGGUGCGUCCACUGUGGGUGCGCUGGAUGCUCAAGCAGUGAUUAA